UUUAAGUUCUCUUUUUGAAGUAUCCUUUUCUGAAAUCAGAGCGAAAAGAGGCGGAAGACGGCUUCACCACAACGCCAUCCAUGGCCAUCUCUUCUUCUUCUACGUCGAUUCUCUUUUUUUUGUUAUCUUUGUUCUCCUUCUCACAUGCUUCUCACGUUAUCACCGACUUCAAAGGUAUAGACUUCGCAAGCCCAACAAUAGAUGUCACGCCAACUCCCCUUUCCGGGUAUUCAUCUGUUCGUGGUUCUAAAUAUGUUCUGUUAUGUGAUCGAGUUCAUGUUUCUGGUCACUCAAGAUUGAAACUUGGAAGUUAUGCCAAUUCUUUUCGGGUUACUUUGGCUCCAUCUGUCUUAAUACCCGAAAGACUGCACAGCAAAAUACAAGUUUGUUUUCAUUGGAAUGCUUCACUCGGAUUAUGCAAGUGUGGGGAUGGUGAUUGGAAGCCACUGCAAAAGGGUAUAUGGCAUACUGCCAUGUCACCUUAUGAUGAUAGAUAUAUUGACGUGAAGUUUAUUGGUGACAUGUCUGGUUCUGUCACCGUUGCUCUUGAAGAAGAUUUUCAGCUAUGGCGGCUUAUUUUUCUAGCUUUAGGAUUUGUUUUGUUGUUGCUGGCACCGUUUGUCAGCAAGUGGGUUCCUUUUUACUACAGCAGUUCAAUGGCUCUUGGUGUUCUUCUUGUUGUUAUAAUCCUUCUGUAUCAGGGAAUGAAAUUGUUGCCAACAGGAAGGAAAAGUACUUUUUAUUUCACUAUGUAUGGAUCAAUGUUGCUUGGAGCUGGAUCUUUCCUUUUAAAUCAAUUCUCUGUGCUCGUAAAUUCAAUUCUUGUCAAUUUUGGGCUGAGUGAAGAGAUGCAUAAUCCGGUUGCUAUAUUUGCAUUUGUCGGAAUUGUCCUCUCAGGAGCUGGGUUGGGGUACUGGACUGCAAGAAAAUUUGUGAUCUUAAAAGAUGGAAGCGUUGAUGUUGGUGUUGCCCAGUUUGUAAAAUCGGCCAUGCGUAUCAUUUCAAUUCUCUUCAUUUUCCAGAGCACUGUUGAUACUCGGUUGGCAAUUGUGGCGUUGGCAUCUUGCUCAGCUAUCUGUUCUCUUAUCACAUCAAAGAUAAGGAAGGGUUAUAUGCAACCACCGUAUUCUGGGGACCAGAGUCCAUGGCUGCACCAGUCGAGGCAGAGAACACCGAUGCUAGGCCGUGCUGAAUUUUUAAGUCGGUCGCCAAGAGUGGAUUCUAAACAGAAGAUGUGGAGUAGUCCGAAGACUGCCCCAGCAUGGACUAACUCUCUUGUGAAAGGUUAUUAUGCUAAGCCUGGUGAAGGUGCUAUAGAUCAUCAAGAUUACUAUUCAACCUUUCACAAGACAAACCACCAGAAGAAAUUCACGGAGCAAGAAUGGGAAGAUUUCAGUCAGGAAUCUACCCGGAAAGCCAUGGCGGAACUCGCAGCGUCUCCGGAAUUCACAGAUUGGAUGAUUGAGCAUGCUGACAGGAUAAAACUCCUUCCACGUGAUGAUAGUUCAGAUGAAUCAGUGGGAAGUAAAUCAAGUUCAGACGAUGAAGAUGAAGAAAGCCACAGCUGGUUCAGAUUAUUUUAACUUGUAGGAACCAGGUAGAAAAUCGGAAUUGUUCAUGAAGUAUGCGUGUUUGACUUAGGGACGGAUGCAUGAUCCGGGAAAAUUUAGAAAAAUUGAACAUAGUCAUGCCAGUAAUAUAUUAUCUGAUACUUCCAUACCUUGCUGGCCGGAUAACAUAUAGGUAUUUGACCUUUCAUGUAUCUUAGGAAAUUUAGUCCCUGAUUUAGGAUUGAUUUACUAUUAACAUUUUCUUUUUGACUAGUAAAUAGCUUGCCACAUGUUUAUUUUCUGAAAUGAAAUUCUAUCCAUUUGAUGUCGGUGAAGAAAA